CCAUGUCCAUAAAAGGAUAAAAAAAAAUCAUGGUAGGAUGAAUUAAAGCAUGUGCCUACAUUAAAGAAUUUCAUCCAAACAUUUUUAAAUAUUGCAUUUGAUCUUUAAAGUGUACUUCUCCAAUGUAGAGGGCCUCCUAAACAAAGGCUUCUCAAUUAUAGGUCUGCUUUGUAUGAGUCUUGUAGUUGAUAAAAAUAAUUGAUCAUCUGUAGACCCUAAUGAUCCAACAAACAUUGUCAACCCAAUCUAAUACAAUAAAACUUGUAAUUUGAGACAAAGCCAAGAAUGAAUUGUUCCCCCACUACUCCCACUCCCCCACCCCCAUCUAACCCAACCUGCUAUAUAAAGUUUACAUAUAUAUGACACCGCCACCGCCAAUGCCAACUCAUGACCGCAUUGUCAAUGCAAACCACCGCAAUUUUCUGCCACCAAUUUGAAAGCCGCCAUGCCUGUACUCGUUAUAAUUGAUGAAGUGCCCUUGGGACUAGUAUAUGUAUGGUAUAAUUGCAGUGCUGGAUCCGCACCAACGUAUAUACGUGAACUAGAGCUGUGAAAACUCUCAAAAUUGUGGGUAGUGAAGAACACAGAGUAUAGAAUCCCCGUUACAGGUAGGAAAGUAGCGUAUAGAGGGAAAUAAGGAGUGGAGAGAAAAAGAAUAGAGAUAGAAAGACUGUGAGAGAGGAAGUAGUAAGAAGAAUAGUAGGCGCUACAACGUAAAUCUCUCUCCGCCAUCCUUUGAUAAUAUGUUGGGACCCGGGAAAGGGACGCGCAUCCCACCUGCCCACGCGCACGCUACCCCACGAAACCCUAAUUUCCAAGCCCCUCUCUAAAAAGGAGAGAGAAGAGACAUAAUCGAAAAAACAGAGGAAAGAGAAAAUCCUCAGCUCCCCAAACCACAGCACAAGCGUAUCACACCACAGCACACAAGAAAAGAAGGAAAGAAAGAAAUAAAGCAAGAAAGAAACAUGUUAUAUAUUCCAUUAAAUGUUGUUGUGACGACUGCGGACCUGAGAGUAAUGCUGUUGAUUUUAUUUGAGUCUCUCAGCUAGUGCUUUUGUGUCUAUUCUCUUCUCUCUUCUUGAUUCUGUCAGAGGGUUUUUGAGUUUUUCUUUUGCUUCUUUCCGGUGAGAUCAUUGAUGGAAGUCAAGGCUCUUCUCUUUCCUUCUCUCUCUUCUUCGUCACUUGAUUCCACCAGGAAUUGCAUCUAAUUCUCUCUUCUUAUACCACUUCUAUCUCAUCUCUCUCAUUUUCAUCUUUCAUCCGAAUCAAUAGAUGAAAGAGUGAGAACAACUGCUUAUACAAGGAGGAGCACUUGGUUUCUGGUUAAGCUGCUUUAAUUUCUGCUGUCAGCCUCAGGAAGAAGGAGACGAGAGAAGUCAUCUUCAACUGUUACAGGAAAAGCCGAUCAAGUGUUGGGUCCUCUUCUUUCCCAGCCGUGUUCACUGAAUUUGGAAGACUGGCUAAUCGGUGGUGGGCCGGCCAGGUAGGGCUGCCGGGAAUGGACCCGGCAGCUGUUUCACCGAUGCUAAAUAAACGCGAUCGCGAGAUAUCAAUCAACGAUAACCCCGGCACAGGAGACGAUGAAGAAGAGAAAGACAACGAAGGCGAGCCCACGGAGGGUGCAGUAGAAGUCGGCACUCGUAGACCAAGAGGUCGCCCGCCUGGAUCCAAAAACAAGCCCAAACCCCCUAUUUUCGUCACGCGCGACAGCCCGAACGCCCUUCGGAGCCACGUGAUGGAGGUGGCCGGCGGCCACGACGUUGCCGAAAGCGUCGCCCAGUUCGCCCGUAGACGUCAACGAGGGGUCUGCGUCCUCAGCGGCAGCGGCUCCGUAGCCAACGUGACUCUGAGACAGCCCGCCGCGCCUGGCGCCGUGGUGGCACUCCAUGGAAGAUUCGAGAUUCUGUCCCUAACAGGAGCAUUCCUCCCCGGACCUGCCCCUCCUGGCUCCACUGGACUCACCGUGUACCUCGCCGGAGGUCAGGGCCAGGUUGUGGGAGGAAGUGUGGUUGGAUCACUGGUAGCGGCAGGCCCGGUGAUAGUGAUAGCCGCCACUUUUGCGAACGCAACAUACGAGAGACUGCCUCUGGAAGAAGAAGAAGAAGGUGGGCAGGCGCCGCCGCCGAGUGGUUCGCCGCCUGCAAUUGGAAGCAGUGGUGGACAGCAUCACUCUGGCCUGCCGGAGCUGCCCAUAUACAAUCUGCCACCGAAUCUACUCCCUAACGGCGGCCAAUUGAGUCAUGACCCCUACUCAUGGGCUCAUGCUCGGCCCCCUUACUGAGCACAAGAGCGCUGAAAGGCCAUGAGAGGUUUUGCAAACCUUCCAUCGAUGGAAAUUGGAUGCGAACAAAAAAGAAACCGUGCUUCUCUAUGUAUAUUAAACCCCUUUGUUUUUGCUUCCUUUCUGUUUGUAAUAAAAAGAUGGUUAGCUGCUUUUCGCUUGUUUUCUAACCUCUACUUUAA